AUGGCAGUCGAAACUCAGCCUACUCCGAGCAAUGCUUCGAGUGGCGGCGAUACAGCUAUCUCGCAUGAACUCGUGGAAAAGAGCUCUGUUGAGGCUGUGGCGCCGGAACAAAAUCACCAGGCCGAUGUGGAGCCGAAAGUUGAACCAACAGAUCAAGUCCAUACAUCAACAUCAAUACAAGAUGAAGGUCCAUCAGAAAAUGCAAAUGCAGGAUCUGGUGCACCCCUCGACCUCGUCCCAUCGUCUGCCGCAAAGAUGAGCAAGAAGCAGAUUGCUCUGGUUAUGGCCGCCCUCUGUAUGGCUUUGUUUCUCGCGGCUUUGGAUAUGACUAUCGUUUCAACCGCCCUACCCACCAUUGCGGAUCAGUUUCAUGCCACGGAAAGUGGGUACUCAUGGAUUGCUGCUUCUUACCUCCUCGCCAAUGCCUCUUGUAUUCCUCUGUGGGGAAAGGUCUCUGACAUUUGGGGUCGCAAGCCGAUUAUUCUGUCGGCUAACGUCUUAUUCUUGAUCGGCAGUUUGAUCUGCGCCUUGGCAAAGAACUUGUCUAUGAUCAUUGCCGGUCGUGCAGUCCAAGGUAUCGGUGGUGGUGGAAUUCUCAUUUUGGCCAAUAUCAGUGUCUCGGACUUGUUCAGUAUGCGUGAUCGACCCAUAUACUAUGGUAUCUUUGGUGCUACAUGGGCUGUCGCGGGCGCUUUGGGUCCAAUCGUCGGUGGUGCUUUCACCACCGAUGUUACUUGGAGAUGGUGCUUCUACGUGAACUUGCCUAUUGGUGGUGUAUCACUGGUCAUCCUAUUCUUCUUCCUCCACAUCGAAUCUCCCAAGACCCCGCUCUUGGCUGGCCUGCGCACCGUCGACUGGAUCGGAACGUUUACCAUAAUUGGCGGUACUCUUAUGUUUCUCUUUGGGCUGGAAUUUGGUGGUGUGAACUACCCAUGGGCCUCCGCCACUGUCAUCUGCUUGAUCGUCUUCGGUAUUGUGGUUUGGGUGUUGGCCUUCCUGGCCGAGUGGAAAAUCGCCAAGUACCCCAUCAUCCCAAUUCGCCUCUUCAGUGAAUGGUACAACGUCCUCAUCCUCUUGGUCUGUUUCUGCCACGGCUUCGUUUUCAUCGCUGGCACCUACUACCUUCCGCUUUACUUCCAAACUGUCCUCCUGGCAUCACCGAUUCUGAGCGGCGUUUACGUUCUACCCCUGGUCCUCGCACUUUCAAUCAGCUCCGCAGGCACUGGUAUUCUCAUGAAGAAGACCGGUCGCUACCGCGAAGUAAUUGCGGUAGGUCUCUUUAUGAUGACUAUUGGUUUUGGUCUGUACAUCGACCUGAAGCCGUACGCCUCGUGGCCCCGUAUAAUCAUCUUUCAACUCAUCGCCGGCAUUGGUAUCGGACCCAACUUCCAAGCCCCCCUGGUUGCAUUCCAAGCCAACGUUCGUCCCGCCGAUAUGGCCAUCGCAACGGCGACGUUUGGCUUUGUUCGCCAGCUCUCCACUUCAAUGUCCGUCGUCCUCGGAACUGUCGUCUACCAGAACGUCAUGGGCCAACAAUCUGCCAAGCUUAUCGCUGCCGUCGGAGCCGAAAAGGCUGCAACGAUCUCUGGCUCGUUCGCCGGGUCCUCCAAGUCUCUCAUUGAGGGUCUCACUGAAAGUCAGCGCGUCGUCGUGCUCGAUGCAUUCACCUUCGCUCUCAGCCGAAUGUGGAUUCUAUACACCUGCGUCGCCGGUGUGGGCUUUUGCUUGUCUCUAUUUAUCCGCCCAAAGGUCCUUAGCAAGUCGCAUACCAUUCAAAAGACCGGUCUUGAUCAACAAGAGCGCAACCGACAGGAUUUGCUUGAAUUGCAGCGCAAGGCCCAGGGCAAGUCCGAGCAAGAGGCUUAA